AUGGCCCGCACAUACCUAAGCUAUGAUGGGCUACCCUUGACUGAGAAGAUCUCCCACUGGAGACCGGCCUUCACCUGCCUGGCUGUCCUGGGCUGCUUCGUGUCACUGCUGGCCAUGGGCCCGUGCUAUGGGGCCACCCUUUGUGCACUGGUGGCCAAUGGCCAGCGCUACAGCCAUGCACUCAGACUGACAGCCCUGGUACUGUUCUCAGCAGUGGCCUCUUUCACACCUAGCAAUGUGCUGCUGGUGCUGCACUAUUCAAACCCGAGCCCUGAGGCCUGGGGCAAUCUCUAUGGAGCCUAUGUGCCCAGCCUGGCACUCAGCACCCUCAACAGCUGCGUAGACCCUUUCAUCUACUACUAUGUGUCCCGUGAGUUCAGGGAGAAGGUACGCGCUAUGUUGUGUCGCCAGCCGGAGGCCAGCAGCUCCUCUCAGGCCUCCAGGGAGGCUGGAAGCCGAGGGACUACCAUUUGCUCCUCUACACUUCUGUGACUGGUAGCUGAGGUGGGAAGGGGGCAUUCUGGCUUGACUGGGUCUCCCCUUAAACUACGUCCCUCUUGAACC